AAUCAGUGGGAGCCAACGCUGGUGCAGAAAGCCAGAAACCUUCUCCAGCCAGAAGCAGCCAGAGAAAGAGAGAGAGAGAAAGAAAGAGAGAGAGAGAACGCAACAAGAGAAGAAACGAAGGAGAGGACUUCCCUUGUGGUUCUCCACUCCCAGAAAGAAGCUACGUUGCAAGAGUUCUGGAUCUUCCUCCUCCCAGGGAGUUGGGGAUAAGAGUCUUCCACCGGGCACCUGCCAGAAUGAUGAACUGUAAGUCCAACUCGCUGACUUGCCUCCAAGGAGGCAAAUCGGGGCUGCCCGUAGCUGCCACCACGGACUCCACCGCCACCUUGAAUAAGCUAGCCCUGGCCACAGGGGGCACCGAGAAGUCGUGGUACCGUUGCAUCUUCCCCUUUGGCAUCGUUGCCUUGGUGAUCGGCAUUGCCGCCACCUGCAUCACCUUCACCAUCAAUGGGCCCCAGAUGGACAUUGCCAAGGUGGUCUCCGUGGCCACCUUGCUCUUUGGAGUCGGCCUCCUGGUGGCCGCCUUGGUCUGCUGGCGGGCCAAACGAGAGCGUCAACGGAAGAAGCAGCAGGAAGAGCCCCUUCCCUUAGAACCGGGGGGUCUCUGAAGCCCACCUUGGGCCAAACCUCCCCCCAGGAAUCAACCUUUGCUGUAGAGAACCCUAUCUUUUUCAUGUCUUCCAUGGCAGAUGUUGGGGAAAGGAGCUAUGGAGACACACAUCCCGUGUGUUGGGGAUAGAAGCCAGCCAGCCAGCCAGGGGGCUCUUGGAGCUCCUAUAACUCAGCGUGAUGAGUGGCAUUAUGGACUAGUUAAGGUAGUCAGCUCAGGCCAAGAAGGACGGAGAAUCAGUCCCUGCAGGUGAAUGGCCAGGAUGGGUGCCCAGCUGACCAUACUUCAGCCUUCCUUCCUCCCCACUCACACCUUUAGGAAGAUGGUUUGAUCUCAGCCAAUGGGGCUGUGGACGAACAAACCCCAAGGACUAACUUCAGGAAGAGAGUAACAAAAAUCCAGAGUUCUUUCCUUGAGUCGUUUCCUCGAGGAGACUGACUGCUGCUUUCCAGUGCAGCUACGCCCACCUCUGUCUUUAACUGUGGAUGGGGAAAAAACAACACCAAAAUAUCCUUUUGAAAGAAAGGAAAAAGCUAAAACAUCAAUCCCAGGAUAUGGAGCUGGAGGUCGUGAGAAGUUCCAAGUGGCUUCUAAGUGUGAAUCUUUUUUUUUUUUUUUUCCCUGUCUUUGGUUAUUACCAGCCCUCCGGGCGGAUGAGGAAAAGAGACCAGGAUUCCAUCUGGGCUGCAACAGCCACCCUUGUUUCCCACGGGGGGGAAACCAGGUUGAAAGUUACUGCGCAGCUUUUAGAAACGAACAAGCAUUCCCUUCUGCUGCCAAGGCGUUCAGCAAGUUAGGCGGAGAACCUGAUUUUGUUCUCGGACGGUUAAAGAGGCCGGCGUGCCAAGAAGAUGCCCACUUCGGUUUGCCAGAUCUCAAGCAAAUGCCGAGGGCCGUCGCAACUGCCACUGCUCCUUGCAAAGUGGUACAGCUUCUUCAGACUGUGAGGAUUUGAGGGAGGGAUGGGGGGAUGGGGAAAGGAGAGGGGGUGAUUUACUACGGAGUAGCAGUUUGGUGUCUCAAAACAAUGCAGCCAUGCCCCUUGUUUUGGAAGCACUGUGUACGUAGGGAGUUGGCGAUAGCAAAGGGCGAAUUAAAACUUGAUUUCCCCAGGAAUAAAUUCCUAGGGACAGAUCCUGCCCUCUUUGGUCUCUUACUGGGCCUUGCUUUGGAUGAAUUCGGUCUGGGUCGGGCUGCACCAGAGAGGUGUGCACGCUGGUGCUUGUAACACCGAAAAGGUGUUUUGUGCGUAGAAAGUAUCCAAAGCUGGCUCAGUUAGCCGUUUCUGGACAAGAGUUGCAAAAAAUAGCUUUGAGUAUCGUCCUCCAAGAUUGGGAGUUUGGAGGGUGAAAAAGCAAAUUUGUUCGAACCUUCUCUCGGUGAAAAAUGAGGUGCAGUAAUGUGUAUUACAAAUAGAUGCAUAAGGGAAUAAAACAGCUUCACCUUU